AAGUCCCUGCCGGAAACCACUAGUCAGCUAUAAGCCAGGUUUAUGUGUAUACUCGAAGAAGUCUUCCUCAUCUUACGUCUGCAACUGAAACAAAAUUAGUCUUUUCCCUGCUUUACGUUCCGAAUGGACGAUAGCAUCAAAUGGAACCGAGUCGAACCGGACCAGUCCGGUCCGUGUCGAGAAACAAGAGAGAGCAGCACCCAGACUGACAGCAGGAAACAAGGUCAUGGCCCCAGGUUGUCAAAGGUGAACCUGUUUACCCUGCUGAGUUUGUGGAUGGAGUUAUUCCCCCGGGAGCAACCUGAAGACAGUGAAAAUAGUCAGAUCAACAGGACUGGUCUGGUAGUGAUACAGGAAGGGAAAGUUUUGGGACUCCAUUGUUCAGGCACUGAACUUCACGCUGGACAAGCAGCUAUCAUCCAGCAUGGUGCAAACCUGGCCGACUGUCAGCUCUACUUCUCCAGGAGACCAUGUGCCACUUGCCUUAAGAUGAUCAUAAAUGCUGGAGUCAGUCAGAUCUCCUUUUGGCCUGGAGAUCCAGAGGUCACUAUGCUAAAGUCCGUGUCGUCGACGCAAACAAACGCCGGCGGCUCGUCUCUCGCCAUGACAGAGGAAGCUGUGCUGGACGCAGUCGCAGUAGAGAAACUGAAGUCCAACAGUCGCCCUCACAUCUGCGUGCUGCUGCAGCCGCUGGCGCCGGAUCUGGUGCAGUUUGUGGAGGAAACAUCUAAAGAGAGUGAUUUCAUGGAGAGGAUGACUGAGGAUGACCCAGAGCUGAACAAAGAGGAACUCUUUAACAGGGAACGCCUAAGACACCUCAGAGAAUUUUCCACUCACUUCCUGGUUGGAACGUCUCUGCAACACAAGGGGAUUUUGGUCCAAAUAGGCCUGGAGAAUUUCUGCGUGGAGCCCUACUUCUCCAACCUUAGGAACAACAUGACGGAGCUGGUGGGGGUUCUAGCUGCUGUGGCUGCUGGCGUGCCUCAACAUCACUAUGGCUUCUACAGAGAAAACUUGGCCAGCACUGUGCCUGUUCAUGGAGAGAAUGUUUCUCAAGAGGUGGCUCACCACUGCAUGGUCCAGGCCAGGCUGCUGGCAUACAGGACAGAGGAUCCCAAAGUGGGAGUGGGUGCUGUUAUUUGGGCGAGAGGACAGUCGUCUAACUGCCGUGGAACGGGCUGCCUGGAUUUGGUCGGGUGCGGGUACAACGCCUACCCUGCAGGCUCAAAGUACGCCGAGUUUCCACAGAUGGACAAUAAGCAGGAGGACCGACAGAGACGCAAAUACAGAUACAUCAUCCACGCAGAACAGAACGCCCUCACCUUCAGAACACGGGAUAUCAAACCGGGUGAGCUAACCAUGCUGUUUGUGACCAAAUGUCCGUGUGAUGAGUGCGUUCCUUUGAUAAGAGGGGCUGGAGUUACGCACAUCUACACCUCAGACCAGGACAGGGACAAAGAUAAAGGGGACAUAUCCUACUUAAGAUUCGGCUCGCUGAAGGACAUCGACAAGUUCGUCUGGCAACGAGACCCUUCUAUAUCCCCAGGUCUUUCUUCUCAUCUUGCAAAUGGUUGCAUCGGCAAACGCAGCAGGCAGGCUGAACAGGACUACAGGAACAAGAAGCUAUGCUCCAAGACCAGGAGUUCACCUACUGUCAGCUGAACAUCAGCUGUGAAAGGAUGAAUGGACAAACCCUGAUCAGGGGCUUAGAUUUGGGGGGACAUCAUUCGAGUUUGUACGUCUUUUGUUUGAUUUGUUUUUGUCGCACUUAAAUGAUCGUUACAACAAACAAAGAUAAAUUGAGUUAAUACCAAGCAGGAUUUGAGGAGGUCACAGCAACCACACCAACCUGGCUUUAUGUGAAAACCUAGUAACAUCCAUCACAUUACUCACAGUAAAUCUUUCUGUGGCUGUAGGGAACAUUUUGGCGCACUUGUUUGAGCAGAGUUGCUUUAAUUCAGUCAAAAUUGGAGGGUUUUCCAGCCUGAAUGUCCCGUUUAAGGUCACCCCAAAUGAUCUGGGCUGGAUAGACGUCCACACUUUAGAUGGACUUGGCAGCAUACACCAGAUAAUUGUUCUACUGUGUGAACCAAGUUGUUGGUUAUCCAGGUUUCAAAGAAGCAAAUUAGACCCACAUUAUCACACUACCACCACCAUAUUUGAUCCUCACUGUGAUGGUCUGUCUCUGAAAUGCAGUGCUAACAACUAAUGUUUCCCUAACUUCUAGGAGAUCAUCAAGAUCUUUUACCUUUAG